AUGUCUGACACCACUAUGGCCAACGGCGUGGACACUGUCACAGAAAUAGAUGAGGACCUGCACUCCAGACAGCUGGCAGUGUAUGGAAAAGAAUCCAUGCGCCGUAUGGCAACUGCCAAUGUUCUUGUCGCUGGAGUGACGGGGCUGGGUGUGGAGGCUGCCAAGAAUGUGAUUCUGGCUGGCGUGAAGAGUGUGACGCUCCAGGACACGGCGUCCUGCACGCUGCGUGACCUGUCUUCCCAUUUCUAUCUCUCCGAGUCCGACAUUGGCAAGAAUCGGGCCGAGGCGUGCAAGGCCCAGUUGCAGGAGCUCAACACGGCCGUUACCGUCAGCGCUGCGCCAGUGCCUCUCACAGAGGAGCUGGUGGCUGAUUUUCAGGUGGUCGUGGCUGUGGAUGUGCCCCUGGAGCAGGCCAUCAGGAUCGAUUCUUUCUGCCAUGCCAACGGCAUUGCCUUCAUCAGGGCCGACAUCCGCGGCGUGUUCGCAUCCGUUUUCUGCGACUUUGGACCGCAGUUCACUGUCUACGAUGUGGAUGGGGAGGAUCCACACACUGGAAUUGUGGCGGGCAUCACCCAGGGGCCCACCACCCUGGUCACCUGCGUGGAGGAUGAUCGCCUGGAAUUCCAGGAUGGGGAGCUGGUGGUGUUCACUGAGGUGGUCGGCAUGCCGGAGUUGGCAGCCUCCAAGCCGAUCAGGGUCCGCAACUGCAAGGUUGUUAAAAGGGGGCCCCAUUCCUUUGAGCUGGAGCUGGACUCUGCUGAGUUCCAGCCUUACCAGCGUGGCGGCAUCGUCACCCAGUUCAAGCCCAGCAAGGAGCUAGCUUUCAAGCCCCUGGCUGCGUCGCUGGCUGACCCCGGCGAGUUUCUGCUCACAGACUUUGCCAAGAUGGAGCGGCCGGCCCUGCUGCACCUGGCGUUCCAGGCGCUGGACGCCUUUGCGGUCCGGCAUGGGCGUCUGCCAGCCCCGGGGUCGAGGGAGGACGGCGACGCCUUGCUGGCCGCAGUGCACGAGUUGGCCGCCUCCGCGCCCGGCCCCCAGGUGGAGGUGGAGGAGCAGGUGGUCCGCUGGCUCGCCAGCACCGCCUCGGGCCAGCUGAACCCCAUGGCGGCCAUGAUUGGGGGCUUUGUGGGCCAGGAGGUGGUCAAGGCCGCCUCCGGCAAGUUCCAUCCCCUGCACCAGUGGCUCUACUUUGACAGCAUCGAGUCCCUGCCCGCCGAAAUCCCGGAGGCCAGCCAGCUGGCGCCGAGGGGCUCGCGGUACGACGACCAGAUCGCAGUGUUCGGCGCGGAGCUGCAGGCCAAGCUGGCAGCAGCCCGCGUCUUCCUGGUGGGUGCCGGCGCGCUGGGCUGUGAAUUCCUGAAGAACUUUGCGCUGAUGGGCGUGGCGAGCGCGGGCGGCGGCUCGCUGACGGUGACGGACGACGACACCAUCGAGCGUUCCAACCUCAGCCGUCAGUUCCUCUUCCGCGACUGGGACAUCGGGUCCAGCAAGUCGGGCGUGGCGGGGGCGGCGGCGCGCCGCAUCAACCCCGACCUGCGCCUGCGCGCGCUGCAGAACCGCGUGUCACCGGAGACGGAGGCCGUGUUCGACGAUGCCUUUUGGGGCGGGCUGGACCUGGUGGUCAACGCGCUGGACAAUGUGAACGCGCGCCUCUACGUCGACUCGCGCUGCGUCUACUUCCAGAAGCCCCUGCUGGAGAGCGGCACCCUGGGGCCCAAGGCCAACACCCAGGCCGUCAUCCCGGGGCUCACAGAGAACUACGGUGCCUCCCGCGACCCGCCAGAGAAGCAGGCGCCCAUGUGCACCCUGCACUCCUUUCCACACAACAUCCACCACUGCCUGACCUACGCGAGGUCUGAGUUUGAGGGCCUCCUGGAGAAGACCCCAGCAGAGGCCAACGCAUUCUUGGCCGACCCCGAGAAGUACAUCGCCAGCGUGCGGUCUGCCAGCGAUGCGGCCGCCCGCGAGCAGCUGGAGCGAGUGACGGAGGUGCUCGUCUCGGAGCACUGCACCACCUUUGAGGAGUGCAUUGCCUGGGCAAGGCGUAAAUUCCAGCAACAAUUCCAUGAUCGCAUUGCCCAGCUCAUCUUCACUUUCCCAGAGGACGCCAAGACAUCCACGGGUGCCCUCUUCUGGUCGGCGCCCAAGAGGUUCCCCAAGCCCCUGGAGUUCAGUGCGAGCGACCCGGCGCACGCCCAGCUCGCCCAGGCCGCUGCGAUCCUGAAGGCCCAGGUUCACGGCAUCCCCAUCCCCGCCUGGGCGACAGACGUCGGCAGGGUGGCGGACAUCGCGGCGGCCACACCCAUCGAGCCCUUUGUGGCCAAGGAGGGUGUCAAGAUCGAGACCGAUCCCAAGGCCUCCUCCGUGGCGCACGCCAUGGGCAGCGAUGAGGCGGCGAUCGAGGCCAACAUCGCCAAGCUGCAGGCCUCCAUCCGGCCCGGCACGGCCCUGCAGCCCAUUGUGUUUGAGAAGGACAACGACGCCAACUUCCACAUGCAGUUCAUCGCGGGGGUGGCCAACAUGCGUGCCCGCAACUACGACAUCCCCGAGGUGGACAAGCUGCAGGCCAAGCUGAUCGCGGGGCGCAUCAUCCCCGCAAUCGCCACCACCACCGCCAUGGCCACAGGACUGGUGUGCCUGGAGCUGUACAAGGUGUUCCGGGGCGCGCCGCUGGAGGCGUACCGCAACACCUUUGCCAACCUGGCGCUGCCCCUCUUCGCCGCCGCGGAGCCCAUCCCGCCCAAGCACUGCGCCUUCCGUGACAUGCGCUGGAGUCUGUGGGACCGGUGGAUGCUGGAGGGCGACCUCACCGUGCAGCAGGUCCUGGACUGGUUUAGGGAGAAGGGGCUGGAGGCAUACAGCAUCUCCUGCGGCCAGUCUCUCCUCUACAACAACCUCUUCCCCAAGCACAAGGAGCGGAUGGGGACAAGAAUGUCUGAGCUGGUGCAGACCAUUGCAAAGCAGACCAUCCCAGAGAACAGGCGGCACUUUGACGUGGUGGUCGCGUGUGAAGAUGAGGAGGGCGAGGAUCUGGAUGUCCCACUGGUUUCCAUUCGCUUCCGUUGA